UACUCUAAUAAGCAAUUCGAGAAGAAGAAGAAGAUUCACGAAUCCCAAUCCCAAUCCUUUACCCGCGAAAAAACCGAAAGCUUCCUUCUCAGUCAAAACCCUAGCUCGCUCGGCCAUGGCCGGACACGGCCAAGCCUCGGCGUCGACGUCGAACGCGUUCUCGUUCAUAUCCAAGGGGUGGAGAGAAGUGAAGGACUCGGCGGACGCGGAUCUCCAAUUGAUGAAGGACCGAGCCAACUCGUUUAAGAAUCUGGCGACCUCGUUCGACCGCGAGCUUGAGAACCUGUUCAACUCGGCGACCGGAAUCCGGCCGUCGUCGUCGUCGGAGAUCGACUUCGUGAAGAAGCUGCAGCCGAAGCUGGUGGAGAUUCGGCGGGCGUACUCGUCGCCGGACUUCAGCAAGAAGGUGCUGGAGAAGUGGACGCCGCGGUCGACGAUUCGGAUUGAUUUGUCGGCGAUUAAGAAUGCGAUAGUGGCGGAGGUGGAGGAGAGGGAGGGGAUGACGGAGUUUGAUAGGAUUAAGCGGAGGAGGAGUUUGAAGUUUAGUGAGUUUUGGGGGGAGUGGAAGAGAGACGGUGAGGAUGAAGAGAAGCAGUCCAGGAAGGAUUGGGAGCCGAUUCGGGUGUUGAAGACUAGAUUGAAAGAGUUUGAGAAGCGUGAGUUUCUUGGUGGGUUUAAGAACAGUGAGUUUGUGGAGAAAGUCAAGUCCAGCUUGAAAUCAGUUUACAAGGAUGCUCAGGAGUCACAGGCUGUGCCACCACUAGAUGCGGCAGAACUUUUGGCGAGUUUGGUUAGGCAAUCUGAACCAUUUCUGGAUCAACUUGGCAUUAGAAAAGAUGUAUGUGAGAAAUUAGUGGAAAGCUUGUAUAGUAAACGCAAGAAUUACUUUCUGUUGAACUCGCUUUCUUCUGGAGUGUCAUCUGUUCUAGAGGGUGAAAUCGUUAAUGAUGAAUUAGAUACGAGGAUAGCUUCUGUCCUGCAAAGUACAGGGCAUUCUUACGAUGGUGGAUUUUGGACAGACCAUGCAAAGCAUGAUCCAUCCGACCAGAAACGGCAUGUUGCAAUAGUUACAACUGCUAGUCUUCCUUGGAUGACAGGAACUGCAGUGAAUCCACUUUUUCGAGCUGCAUAUCUUGCACAGUCUGCAAAACAAAAUGUUACACUGUUAGUUCCAUGGCUGUGUGCAUCAGAUCAAGAACUUGUAUAUCCUGGCAAUAUCACUUUUACUUCACCAGAAGAGCAGGAAAUUUACAUCCGUAACUGGCUUGAGGAAAGGAUUGGCUUUAAGGCUGACUUUAAGAUCUCCUUUUAUCCAGGGAAGUUUUCCAAAGAAAGGCGAAGCAUUUUACCUGCUGGAGACACUUCUCAGUUCAUUCCAUCCAAGGAUGCUGACAUUGCUAUCCUGGAAGAACCAGAACACCUGAAUUGGUACCAUCAUGGCAAGCGAUGGACUGAUAAGUUUAACCAUGUUGUUGGUGUUGUUCAUACAAAUUACUUGGAAUACAUUAAGCGAGAGAAGAAUGGAGCUCUUCAAGCAUUCUUUGUGAAGCACAUAAACAAUUGGGUUACAAGAGCAUAUUGUGACAAGGUUCUUCGCCUUUCAGCUGCCACACAGGAUUUACCUAAGUCUCUGAUCUGCAAUGUUCAUGGUGUGAAUCCCAAGUUCUUGAAAAUUGGUGAGAAGGUAGCCGCAAAAAAGGAAACUGGAGAGAAAGCAUUUUCAAAUGGAGCAUAUUUCUUGGGAAAGAUGGUUUGGGCAAAGGGAUACCGCGAAUUGGUAGAUUUGUUGGCUAAGCACAAGAGUGACCUUGAUGGCUUCAAGGUGGAUGUGUAUGGGAAUGGAGAGGAUGCCAAUGAAGUUCAGAGUACAGCUAAGAGUUUGGAUUUGAAUCUGAACUUUUUAAAAGGAAGGGACCAUGCUGAUGAUUCUCUUCACGGGUACAAAGUCUUCAUAAAUCCCAGUGUUAGUGAUGUGCUUUGCACGGCUACUGCUGAAGCGCUUGCAAUGGGAAAAUUUGUUAUUUGUGCAGACCAUCCGUCAAAUGAGUUUUUCCGAUCAUUUCCUAAUUGCUUGACGUAUCAAACAUCUGAGGACUUUGUUGCCAAAGUAAAAGAAGCAAUGGAAAAUGAUCCUCAUCCCCUUACUCCAGAGCAAAGAUAUAAUCUUUCAUGGGAAGCAGCCACACAGAGAUUCAUGGAGUAUUCUGAGCUGGAUAAAGUUUUGGAUAAGGAAACAAAUGUUAGAAGAUCAAGCAGAGGUAAGGGAAAGGGAAUCUCAAAGUCUGCAUCCAUGCCUAGCCUAUCAGGUAUGGUUGAUGGAGGAUUGGCAUUUGCCCACUAUUGUCUCACCGGGAAUGAAUUUCUUAGAUUAUGCACUGGGGCAACCCCUGGAACCCGUGACUACGACAAGCAACAUUGUAAAGACCUCCGUCUCUUGCCUCCUCAGGUUGAAAACCCUAUUUACGGCUGGUAAUAGUAGAUUAGCAGUCCAUCAGUAUUCCAUGUGUAUAAUAGUAAUACCUGCUAUGCUUAGGUAGAAGGCUGGUUUCUUGUCUACAUCAGUAUGCAUUAUUUAAGCACGUAUUUUUGUAGAUAGCCAGGUCCAAGUUUUGUGGUCUUCGUGUUAAUCCAUAGGAAAUAAUUGCCAGUAUAUAGUUUUUCAUUUUGAAGUUGCACUUGCUAAACUUCGCUGUACUGAUGAAGAUGCCGGCUAAAAGCCGGAGUAACUUGUUUGAAUCUCGUCUACUCGAUGAAUUAGUUCAGUUUGGCAUUUUACAUUGUGAAUUAGUUCACUUGUGAUAUCCUACAAUGUUGUCAUAUUCACAUUUUCACUGCUAAGUGUAAUAGGACUCGACAGUUAUGCUGAUGUAAUUAUGUAAAGCAUCACUCCAUCGAUCUCAGUAACUUGCUUUAAAUCUUAAUUUCCAUGCACCUUUC